CCUCAGUACUGGCACCGCCGAGUAUCCCAUGGACCCCCUUCUUUCCGAAAGCUUCUAUGAUCCUCCGUACGACCUUGAAGGAGACCUCCCGCUCGCGGAGGACGUGCUCACUUGGCUCGACCAUCUCCCAGAAUCGCAUCAUUCGUCGGGAGCUAGUGCUAGUCCAGAACCAUCCUCUGCGGCCGUAGCUGGUCCCUCCUCCUCAAGCUACACCUCUUCUCAUUCGCCUGAAGAACCUCUCACAAAUGGCUCUGGGUACUCCUCUUCAUCUUCGUCGGCUCCGUCUUCGGGGUGCUCGCGGCAGGCGAAGAAGUCAAAGAUAUCUUUGGAUGCCAGUCAGCCGUUGACGGUCAAGGGCAGGCCGCGCACCCGCGUUUACGUCGCUUGUCGCGAAUGCCGGGAUCGCAAGGUCCGCUGCGAUGGUGCGAAACCUGUCUGUUUCACCUGUAGGAAGCGGCAUCCCGACCUAACCGUAUGCGACUACGAACCCGCACCAAAGCGACGUGGGCGGGAUAAAGUACCAGGCUCUCGUACACGUCCUGGGACUGUUCCACGUACAUCGCCGGGCGUACAAAGCUCGGGCAGUUCGGAUGCGCAAGGGCAACGUAGGGCCAAAGCACAUGACUCUGAAACGGAUUUCGAGGCGAUCAUUCAAGGGUUUGAUCCUGCAAACUUUGACCCCAACGAUCCAGCGUCGUACGAGCUCCCCCCGCCCCCUGCCACAAACACGCCAGAACACGGACAGCAGGUUAACGGCAGCAAGGGGCGCGCUCCCUUCAUGGUCAGAGCGCCGAACAUGCAGUUCGCCCGCGAGACGUGGUGGGACGCCCUGCUCGUCUCCUACGCCUCCUACGACACCGACGGCGACCUCGGAGACGCGCUCGGGCUCACCGCGAAGCAGCGGGCCACGACGACGAAGCGGAUCUUCGCAGACAUCCGCGCGAUCCUCCGCGCGUCCAUCUUCUGGGCGAGCUUCCUCCACCUCCCGCGCUUCUUCGAGACGCUGCUGGACCCCGCGAAGCGCCACGCGAUCCAGCCGAGCCUGCUCCUGAGCAUGCUCGCGAUCGGGGCGCACGUGCAGAGCUCGGAGCUGCGGCAAGGCGCAAAGGGGCGCGCGAGGGCGCAGGCGCUGGUCGAGCAGGCGCAUGCGGCCCUGCAGGCGAGCCUCAGCACGAACUGGGUGGACGUCGGGCUGGUGCAGGCCGCAUGGUUCUUGACCUACUUUGAGAUACAGGGCCACCCUACGCAUGGCUGGGACCGGUGUCGACACUCGAUCGUCCUGCUCGACUCGAUGAUCCGGCUGCUCAAUCUGACGAACCUCGACGCCGAUCGACCCGAGGCGCAGUACUCGCUCUUCGCGACGUACGCUAGCAGCAAGGAUUGGUCGUCGGGCCAACAAGCGACGGUUGCCGACGCUGUCCACGGCGCAGCCUGCACUAAUGUCGGCGCGGACGCACAGGCGCAUCUAGGAGCGCAAUGGCUUGGGAUCGACAUGGGCGGCGGCGCUGGGCCGGGGCUGGGAGCUAUCCCGGCGGGGGACCGUCCGGGCUUGGGACAGGGCAGGUGCGCGUGUGCUCGGUACACGCUCAAGCAGCAGUGGCCGACUGUGUCGGAGAUCGCGCCGCUCUGGGAGGCGACGACGAUGUGGCCGGACGCGAUGUCCGAGGGCGAGGUCCGGAAGGAGGAGUGCCGGAGACUCGUGUGGUCGAGCGUGAUGCUUACAGCGGGGCAGAACAGUUACAAUUCAGACGCGAAGGAAAGGAUGCAUUUGUUUAUCAAGGAUUAUCGCAAUUAUGCGGUUCUCUUCCCCGGAGAAGAGCUCAGCCGGCGAGGCAUGGCACCCGUACGCCAGAAUAACGUCUGGAACCUGUGUCUCCGCGCUAUGAUACUGUGGAACACUAGUGUACGGCGACGGAGCGAUCCAGACAUCGGGCCGAUGGAGCGAGCGGAGUAUGCGUUGAAUGCGUGGCUCGAAGCGGAUGCCAUCGAGGCGGCUCUGGACCAACACACAUGCAACCUGGAGGGAGGGAUGUUGUUUCAGGCACGGGAGUUCCUGUUUACCACGCGGAUGUUCAUAUCUCACGAAUUCAGGAUGUACGCGCCGCUAGUCACAUCGCUCGGGAUCAUGACUUAUUAUCGCAGCAAGGCAGAUUUAUGGCUGCGUACGCAGAUGGCAGUGACGCAGAAGAUAUGGGACGAAGCACAGAUGAACCCGAAGAGCGAACUGAUCAACAGGCCGCUUCUCGGCUAUUGGUUCAUCGCACACAUACUCCGUGCAAUAUUACUGUACAAAGCUGAUCCUACCCUCUUGAUUGCCCUGGAAGCCGCGAAGGUGCACAUCCAGCCGCUGGAGUACCUGAUGCGGAUCUGGCCGUGUGACGAGCUGCGGCAGCAGUGGUCUACGCUCCGGUAUCAGCUUACCGAGUUCUGUCUCAAGGCUGGAGUAACCCCUCCCCAGGCUGCUAUCCCUCCCCCGUUCUUGGUCGCCAAGGCGUCAUCCUCGCCUGAGGCUGCGACUGCCCAGGCUUGAGGGCCAUGCGUGCGCCAUCUCUCUGCCUUAUUCUAUUGAUCGUACAAUCAUAGAGAUAUCUCACUCUUAAGCCUCGUUUUGCCGUUGUAUCCUAGUUGGAAACUCGAUACAGGGACAUGAGUACGACCUAUUCCUUGGACCGCUUACCUGCUGCGUGGUAGAUAGACCACGGACCGCUAGUCGGGUAGUACUAGUACAUAAGCCAGUCGCGGAUCACAUCAUACCUUAGCUUCUGACAGUCUCCAAGGCGGAGGUUGCAAUGAUAAGAGGAAUCCACUGGCUUCAGCAGGUAUCCGGUGACCGCGAGAAGUGCGAAGUGCGAUCCAUAUGGCACUUAAUACCUGAACAGGAGGCAUGAUCAUGUGAUGCGGUUUCUUCUCCAAACCCUGUGCGUACCCUUCCCGGCCGCCUUGUGCCCAGGGCGGAAAUCUAGCUUUCGAUCCCAACAGCUCCGAGAAAUACGCCGCUCGCUCCAUGCUUCAGUCGAGAUGUUGAAGCUACUUUUGAAGUCAUGAUGCCGCCGGUGCAAGGGCACUAAAUGCGUUUCCCUCUUGAUCAGACGACCUUCGAACGACGAAGACUUUGUGUCACCCCAACCACGAACGGGAUUGAUCAGGAGAGCCAAUGCAACAGGUCAUGUACGGGCCGGAGUGGUUCUCUGUAUAGGCGGCCCGACGCAGGGCCGGUAUGGGCUCGCAACGAGAGGAGGUAUAAGUCAUUCGACCUCCUUGGAGCCUUUUGCCAUGAAAUUGUCUGUUCUCGUCUUGUUCUCGGUCCUCAUUGC